AUGAUCCACAACAUCCGAUUCAAGACAAAAAGAUUUGAACCAAGAGAGUACCUGGAAACUUGUGUGGAUGACAAUUGUAACUGGUUACUUAGAGCUUCAAAGUUCAGAAAAACAGAAACAUUUAAAAUCAGAAAGUAUGUAAAAAUUCACACCUGCUCCAUGGACAUCAUUAUGGAAGACCACAGGCAGGGAAAUUGUAAUGUGAUUGGAGAACUAAUAAAAACAAAAUACAUGUCAAUAAAGAUAGUACACACACCAAAUGACAUAAUCAACGACAUGCUAGAUGAUUAUGGUGUUUCAAUGGGGUUUCAAAAAGCCUGGAGAGUAAGAGAAAAAGCUUUAGAAUUGGCAAGAGGAAACCAAGAUGAUUCAUACCAGAAACUUCCCAUCUACUUUCACAUGCUAAAAGUCUCGAACCCAAGUACAAUAACGCACCUGGUUACAGACAAUAAAGAUCACUUCAAAUAUAUGUACCUAGCAUUUGCAAAUUCCAUCAAAGGAUGGAAACACUGUAGGCCAGUCAUUGUGAUAGAUGGAACUUACUUGAAGACGUCAUUUGGAGGAACUGCAUUCACUGCUUCAACAAUGGAUGCUAACAACAACAUAUUUCCAUUAGCCUUUGGAAUAAGAGACUCUGAAAAUGAUUCAUCAUGGUUAUGGUUUUUCACAAAGCUAAAGGAGACAUAUGGAGAAAGAUAA